GCGACCGCUCACGGCGCUGGCGCAGCGAUGGCGGAGGCCGUGGAGCGCACUGACGAGCUGGUCCGGGAGUACCUGCUCUUCCGCGGCUUCACACACACGCUGCGGCAGCUGGACGCCGAGAUCAAGGCGGACAAGGAGAAAGGGUUCCGGGUGGACAAGAUUGUGGACCAGCUGCAGCAGUUAAUGCAGGUGUAUGACUUGGCUGCCCUUCGGGAUUAUUGGAGCUACCUGGAACGGCGGCUCUUCAGCCGCUUGGAAGAUAUAUAUAGACCCACCAUCAACAAGCUGAAAACCAGCCUGUUCCGCUUUUAUCUCGUCUACACCAUCCAGACAAACAGAAAUGACAAAGCUCAAGAGUUCUUUGCAAAGCAGGCCACAGAGCUCCAGAACCAGGCUGAGUGGAAGGAUUGGUUUGUCCUGCCCUUCCUGCCAUCCCCAGACACCAACCCCACCUUUGCUACCUACUUCUCUCGACAGUGGGCCGAUACCUUCAUUGUGUCCCUGCACAACUUCCUGAGCGUCCUGUUUCAGUGCAUGCCAGUUCCCGUGAUCCUGAACUUCGAUGCGGAAUGCCAGAGGACCAACCAGGUUCAAGAAGAAAAUGAAGUUCUUCGCCAGAAGCUUUUCGCCUUGCAAGCUGAAAUCCACCGCCUGAAGAAAGAGGAGCUGCAGCCUGAGGAGGGGGAGGCCUUGGUCCAGCAUAGAUUGCCUCCUUAUGUCUCCAACAUGGACCGCCUGGGGGACUCGGAACUAGCCAUGGUGUGCAGCCAAAGGAACACUUCCCUGUCCCAAUCGCCUCGAGUGGGUUUCCUGUCCUCUCUGCUGCCUCAGAGUAAGAAGAGCCCCUCAAGGUUGUUGCCUGCCCAGGGUCCCUCUCAGGCUCAGAGCUCGACCAAGAAGGAGCCAUUCGGCGGCCAGGCCGCUAAGGGAAAGGACAAUGCGUGCGGGCCCCGAGACGGGAAGAGCCUCUUGAGCGGGCUGGCGUCUGGGGAGUCCAGCUGGUCGCAGCACCGACAGCGGCGCCUGCAGGACCACGGCAAAGAGAGGAAGGAGCUCUUCUCUAUGACUUUGCAGAGCACAGAGAAGAAGGCCGAGGUUAGUGGCCCAGAGGCCGAGCCCUGCCCAGAGCUCCGUGUGGAGGCGCUGGAGACGCUGACGCGGGCUUCUGCAGCCGGUGCCGAGGGCGGAGGGGCCCGCCCCGAGCAGCCGUUCAUUGUGCUGGGGCAGGAGGAGUACGGGGAGCACCACUCCUCCAUCAUGCACUGCAGAGUGGACUGCUCGGGGAGGAGGGUCGCCAGCUUAGACGUAGAUGGGGUCAUCAAAGUGUGGUCCUUCAACCCCAUCAUGCAGACCAAAGCGUCCUCCAUUUCCAAGUCGCCGCUGCUGUCCCUGGAGUGGGCCACCAAGCGGGACAGGCUGCUCUUGCUGGGCAGUGGUGUGGGGACGGUGCGUCUUUAUGACACGGAAGCCAAGAAGAAUCUGUGUGAGAUCAGCAUCAACGAUGAUAUGCCCAGAAUCCUGUCGCUUGCCUGCAGCCCCAACGGGGCCUCCUUCGUCUGUUCGGCCGCCGCUCCGAGCCUCGCUUCCCAGGUGGACUUCUCGGCUCCGGAUAUCGGCAGCAAGGCUACUAACCAGGUUCCCGGCAGGCUGCUGCUGUGGGACACGAAAACCAUGAAGCAGCAGCUCCAGUUCUCUCUGGACCCCGAGCCCAUUGCCAUCAACUGCACAGCCUUCAAUCACAAUGGGAACCUCCUGGUCACAGGGGCGGCUGACGGCGUCAUCCGGCUGUUUGAUAUGCAGCAGCACGAGUGCGCCAUGAGCUGGAAGGCCCACUGCGGGGAGGUCUACUCGGUGGAGUUCAGUUACGACGAGAACACCGUGUACAGUAUCGGCCAGGACGGGAAGUUCAUCCAGUGGAACAUCCACAGGAGUGGCCUGAAGGUGUCUGAGUACGGCCUUCCCUCCGACGCCACGGGCCCCUUCGUGCUGUCGGGUUACAGCGGCUACAAGCAGGUUCAAGUCCCCCGGGGCCGACUCUUCGCUUUUGACUCAGAGGGAAAUUACAUGCUGACGUGUUCUGCCACAGGGGGCGUCAUCUACAAGCUGGGCAGGGAUGAGAAGGUUCUGGAGAGCUGCUUGAGCCUGGGCGGCCACCGAGCCCCUGUGGUCACUGUGGACUGGAGCACAGCCAUGGACUGCGGGACGUGCCUCACUGCCUCCAUGGAUGAAUGUUCUCAUGGUCACCUGGUAGCUCUUUCUGGAACGCGUGCAUGCAGCAGAGCGUUGGAGAAGGUUCGCCCUUUGCCCUUGGAGAGGCAGAUGUUCCUACAGGGAGCUGGUCAGCUGCGAGCGGAGGCCCUGCGUGCCCGCUGUUGCCAGCUGUAGGACUGAGCCGUGUGGGAGGUUUGCUUGUCGCUUUGCCUUGGAGCUAGGCCGUCCUGUCUCCCACUGCACUGGCUCGCUAAGGUUUGUGCUCUUCCUAUUGCUUUGGGCUGCAGUCAGGGAGGUCGUAGUGUUCUUUUUCUUCCCUGCGUUGGUGGAGCUUCUUGGGAUGAGGUUAGGGCCCGAGGUCUCUGAUUCCAGCUGCCCAAUCCACCUGGGUGUCCCUGUCCCUCUGCCACUGGGGCUCCGCUUAUUCUGUCACCUUCACAUCCUUGAGGUGGACUGGAGCCAGCCGCCAGCGCCCUCUGCUGGUGGAUGGUGAGAGGACCUGAGCCAGUGGGCCAAGCUUUUUGCAUCUGAGGCGGGCGAGGCGUGGGUCUCCGGCUCUGACACUUGACAGGGGUGGCCUUGUUGCCGCGGUGCUCGGAACAGUCGUCGUAGGGCCUCUUUGGGCUGCAGCCCAGGUCUGGUGGUGCAGGUCCGGAGCAGGGGGUACUCCCAGUUACCUACUUCUGGAGAAUCAUGAAGUUGGUACUAAGGCCUUGGCUCCCAUUCUGCUGGGAUUUGGAGGAAGAGUCGGGAUUUAUGUGGCUCAAUUAUGAGAGAACAUCAGAGACUGAUAAGUAGUUACUUACACAUUUUUACCGAUUUCUACCUUGGUAAACGCUCUUUUCAAAUGAAGAGAGACAAGACUUCUCCAUUUACGAUUUUCCCCAUCUUCUGCAUUGAAACAGCAAAUUAUUUCCCCCGGUGAUUCUGUAGGACAUUUAAGAAGCCGUCAUGUGUUUCAUUUGAGUGAGAGAAUUCACUGUUUCACUUCACCAUUUUGUUUCAGUUUCUCUUAUUACCCAUUCUCUCUGCUCAAUAUGGUCUCCACAGCUACUGGAAUGGCUUUAAGGACUGCAAAGAAACAAAGUACGCUUGAAAAGCUAUGUCUUCUCUCUUUUCCUGUAUGCUCUGGGCUGAACACCCACCUCCCUUUUGUUUUGACUUUGGCUUGAGAUUGUGUGGGGUUCCACAGCACACUGCCUAAAAGCACAAAACAAAACCACGAUACUGCCUAAAAACAAAACCCAAAUCCCAUUCACCUCUGACCUUUUGAAAUUAGCAAAUACAGGUGGCCAAACCUGCCCCCUCCUGGCCCGUCUCUCCCCAGCCCUCACUCCAUCCUGACUGCUGGUCAGGCUGUGUUCACCCUGGUGUUCCUCCCUGUGCCACACAUACCCCUCCGGGAUGAGCUCUCAUCCGGUCAGUCACGUCCAAACUUGAGUUUCCUUCUCCUUCACAAGAGCUGUUCAACCCCUGCCCAGAACCCCAGCAAGCCUCCUCCCAUUCUUUUGGGCAAGGGCAGCCUAUUGGGAAGCCGUCAAGCCAGUGCAGCUCAGACCCCCCGAGUCUGCGUACCUGGCGUGGGUGUGGCCCACCGGCUCUGGCCCGGGCUGCUUGAGAGCCCCUCGGGGCCUCCCCCUCUCUGUCCACUGACCUGCCUGCUCUGUGCUUAUUGCCUCUGCUGGGCCUGCCUGGGAGCAUGGCUUUCAAAGCACUUUAGCUGUUGACUCCAGCCUGUCCAGAUCCCACAGCUUGAGUUUUCUGUCCCCGUUUGGGCUACUCUCCCUUCAAACAGAAAGUUGCUCACGCAGAUGCAAAGGUUUCCUGUUCCUCAGACCUCAUUUUUCAGCUGGCGAUGGGAAGAGGUUGAAGGGAGACAAAUAUGGAAGGAGAGAUUCCGCUAAGAACAAGUAUUUUCUGUUCCUUUAUUCACAAAACAAAAUGAUGCUUCACAGCUUGAGAGCAGAGGACCCUGGAAGUCAGUGGUUCUAACUUUUCGUGGAACCAGAGAAGCAGGGCCUGCUCCCCCCUCCCCCCAGGUGUUGCCCUCCGGAAAAGACUGGAGGCAGAGUCCAGGUUCAGCCUGCAGCUAGACGACCCCAGUGUACGACGGGUUGGUUUUAUGACUUGAAACCGUGGCUUUAUCUCCUUAAGCCUUGAUUGGGUUAAACGUUUCCGGCCCAGCAUGUGCAAGUGCUUUAGAGAAACUCAAAGCACCACACAGCUGGAAGAGAGCUUCAGGGUCCGGAGUCCCCAAGCUUGGGAUGGAGCUCCCCUGUUGUGCACCUCUAAUGUAUGGAGACUCAUUACCCCAUUAGCGGAUUUGUUAUAAAUCACAGUUAAAAGGGCUGUCUUGGUAAUUUCACAUUUUGGGGCCAGACGGUCUGUUCUCAUCAUCCUUUUACUUCAAAGUACGGCGGGAGAAGUUUCACCUCUGACUGCUUAUGCUUGUGUUUUUCGUCAUGUCUGUGACCUGGGGGUUUCUUUGCUGGCCUCUCUUAGCCUGCUGUAAGCUGAGUGUGAUUUGAACUAAAACUAGAUGCUAGCUCCAUGUGUCCAUAGCAGUGCUCAGAACCAGGCUGAACACAGACCACCUGGAAAGCUUUGUGGAGCUGCCCCACUCGAAGAGGGAGCACCUGGCCACCAAUCUGAAUGUUCAGUUAGUGACACCUACUUCCUUUAAGAUAACAUAUAAACAGAGGCUUUAAUUUCUUUUCCUGCACCCAAGGGGCUCACCUUGUGCUCCCUCCCCCUGGGUUGUGGACCCCCAGCAGGGAGAGUUGGCCUUGAUCCCUGUAGGAAUCCUGAGCUUUAAAAAAUGCAGACCCUCCUCCCCUCACCCUAAUUUCUCACUCGGGGGGACGCAGGAAUUAACACUCUAAUAAAGUCCG